UCAGCGGAUUACAGACGGAAUAAACAGCCUGGGCACGGAGGUUGUCAGGCGGUGUCACAUUCUCGUCGUGUGCUGCGCCCUCCGAGCGCCGGGCUUCCCCUCAGCGAGCCGCUUCCCCAGCCCCGCAGCCGCCGUCGCUCCCCAGCUAACACCGGGGGAGGAGAGGGAGGAAGCGAGAGGGGGAGGGGGGCUGGCGCGGCUCCUGCUGCCGCCUCCCACCGCUCAUCUUUCUUCUUUCCUGGGGGCUUCGGAGAUUGACCUCGCUAACCCACCCCCCACCCAGCCAGGCAGCCGGCGCCUCCUCCUCCCGGGGAGGGACGGAUCAUUCUCCUCGGCUCCGCUGUGCGCACCAGCCUGCAAAUAACAAUAAUAAACUUUAGUACGUCCGCUGCGCGUCUAGAGAGAGCAGCGCGGGGAUCGGCGCUCCGGACACACGCGGGAUCUAGCAGUACUCGCAUUUCUGGGGAAGGAUGCUGCGGCUGGACUGCCUUAUUUACACCGGGAACUACAAGGAGGACCAGUGCGGGACACGGACCUCUGCUGCCUGAAGCUUCGCUGGAAGGAGAACGAGGGGACACACCGCCACCAGGAAGGCUGCACUGCUAAGGGGGCGACAUGCUGUCCGCGACCCCCCUCUAUGGGAACGUGCAUAGCUGGAUGAGCAAUGAGCGGGUCCGCAUGUGCGGCAUCAAUGAGGACAGGAAAAUUCUUAUCAAUGAUGGUGACCUUCAGAAAGCCAGACUCGAGCUGAGAGAGGAUCAUCUCGGUCACACUUUGGUGGACCAUCGAAUGGAUGGCCUAACCGCUCUCGGCAUGGACCGUGCAGGUCUGAUGCAGGAAGGAUUGAGAGUCCCAGGGGGCAUGGUCUACUCUAGUCUUUGUGGCCUUGGCACAGAAAAAGUUAGAGAUCCAUCCAGUUCAAUCCCAGGGCUUGGAUAUGCACCUGACCGAAAUACUGAACUUCAGUUCAAGCCAAAUGCUGCUGAAACAAUGGAGACUGCUCAAAUGACGGGAAAACAGCCCAAUGGUUUUAACUCUUUGUUUAAAAACCCCCCAGGACUGCAAAAGACACCUACAAGUGAAGCACUGGUUUUGGACAGAACAGUAAAUGACAAACAGAGUCCACUUGGCGUUAAUGGUGCUAAUUAUUUAAGGAUUCCUUGGGUGCACUCCUAUAUGGACAGUGCCUCACCAGCUAUGUAUCCAUUCAUUGAUUCACCAAAUAAGUAUUCUUUAAAUAUGUAUAAGGCGUUUCUACCUCAGCAGUCGGCUUACAGUUUGCCACAGCAUUUAACCUACUCACCGGUUUGCCCGAAUGGUGAACGCUUUGUAUAUCUUCCACCUUCCCCGUAUGUAACCUCCCACAUUCCAACAACCCUGGCACCACCUAUGAGGAUCCCUGCACCUUCUGCAGCUCCUGUUCACUGUUUAGAAAAGAGCUUACCAUGGAAAAUGGGGAUUAAUCCAGGGUCCACCGUGGAUCCUCAUGCAUAUUCCCACCUGCAAACGGCUAAGCAGCCUAGGAUGCCAUGCACAAAGUCUAUGGCUAGCAGUAUGUCACCCGAAGCCUCACUAUUGUUGGCACCUUCUCGGAGACCAUCGCCUAGGCUUCAUCAUUCGACUCAACCAGUUGGAGAUGGCUACUCUGAUUAUCAGUCAUUUGUUAAAAUCUCAACACCGCCUACAUCUGUCUCUUACACAAAACCCCACACUAGUAUGAACAGUGACCUCACACCUUUAAGGCCAUCUAGCACCAAAAGUAGCAAAAUUCUUGACGGAGAAAAUACACAGAUGCAAGCACCCUCCAAAAGGUAUACAAAAGAUAGAAAGGACAACAAGUCUCCUAACCUGUUAGAAAAGCAAACACUUCACAAAGAAGGGACUGAAAAACCACUGGAUUUGUCAUCAAAGCUUAGUGAUGCUGAAAUGUCAGCCAUGAUGCUUUCAGGGCGAUCUGGAAAUGCCAUAGCAAUGUGCACCAGAGACAUUCAGAAAGAAGCCAUGUCUCCUUCUGCUGGUGUCAGUGCUGUGUUUAGACCUGAAAUGAUCAGUACUGCUUCCUCAUCAUGGGUAGUGCCUGGUAUGAGCAGCGCCGAAGACAUGAAUGGCAUCAUUAUGCCACUUAAAAACAAAGCUUUGGAGAGGGUUAUGCCACAACAGAGGAGUUCUUCGUGUCCCCGUAUGGGAAGCUCUGAAGUAGUAAUUCCAAGCAGUCCGGGCUGCAUCACAGGUGCAGGACGCCCAGCAUCUGCCUCACCUGCACCAAAUGCCAAUGGGGAGAGAAAAACUCCUGAAGACAGCAGUAAGUCUGCUAUGCAACCACAACUUCCACCCGCUAGCUCACUUAGUAAAAGCAACAAAGUAGCAAAGCCUUCUUCCAUAAUGGAACCAACCAUGAAAACGAGCGAGAAUGGGCUGCCCCCAGCACCUAUGUUCUUGCCUCAGAAUGAGUCCUUUUGCUCUACACCUUUGGCUUAUCCAAGCAGUUUUCUCCCAUAUCAAGUUUCGGAAAGCCUUGCGAUGUCUCAUUUACACGGAAAAGCUCCUGUCUACCCUCACCCAGUUUUAUUGCCCAAUGGAAGCCUUUUUCCUGGUCCAAUGGCACCAAGGCCUGGGAUUUCUUACAGUAUACCAACCAACAGAGAUUACAUGGCUUAUCAAGAGUCACUGGGUAUGGUGCAUCCAAUCUUGCUACCACCUUCUGCAAUGGAAAUAAACAAAGAUGACAAGGCAGAGAGAAGGUCUAGGUCACAUGAAAGACCACGGUAUGAGGAAACUGCUGGCCGGAGACUGUUGGAUAUAUCCGAUUCCACACCAAAGCUCAAUUUGGAAGCCUCAGAAAAGAGCUUGAAGUCCCAACAGUCAUCUGCUCUAACCAUGAAGCAACUUUCUAAGACAGGAAUGCUAUGUUCCAAUGGAGAAAGAGAUCCAAAAUGCGAGUCUAACUUUGCUAUUAAUGGUUUUGCACAUGAAAAACAUAUCAUGAAUGAUCUACAGAAACCAGAACUGGGGGCACAGAGCAGGGAUUUUAUAGUAUCUAGGGAGGAGAAUCCAAGAAAGAAUGAUUUUCACGAUUCAUUUCACAUUCCCAAACAGUCUCAGAAUUCACCCAUUUUCCAGGCCAGAGAGGAAAACCUGCCCAUAAACCAGACCAUGGAGGUCUCUGUUGCAGAGCUGGGUGCUCAAUUCCUGAUGUCUAGUCAAAAUCAAGAUGCGCCAACUGGAUUUUAUAGCCAACUGCAGGAAAGAUCGCAGCCCUUUUUUAUGGCAAAUGGACAUUCGGAUACGGAAACGGCUGAGGGGACAAUAAGAGACUGUUCAGAUGAACUUAUGAGAUCCAAAUCUUCAAAACUAACGAAAAGGAUAGCAAACUCUUCUGGCUACGUGGGCGACCGGUUUAAGUGUGUGACAACGGAAUUGUACGCGGAUUCAAGCCAAUUGAGUCGAGAGCAGAGAGCCUUACAGAUGGAAGGCAUACAAGAGGACAGUAUUUUAAGUCCACCUGCUGCUUACUGUGAGCGUGCUAUGAUGCGCUUCUCGGAACUUGAAAUGAAGGAACGGGAAGAUCACACACCUACCAAAGACUCGGAGACUUGCAAACUCAGUAAGUCCGACAUGAAGCUUUCCACUGAAAGUGUUAAACCAGCAGACUUAACCUUGGGAGAGUCUGUCAUCAGCCAAAGUCAAGAUGAUCUGAAGACCACUAGUGGAAAUCUGACUGAGCCAUCACAUCAUAUAGUAAAGGCCGUCACCAGUGAAGAUAGUCAUUCAGAGACACUAAUCUCCUGCCAUGUAGCAAAUCGGAAACCAGAGCUGACGGCAGAUGUGAACCUGCAAGGCCAAUGUAUGGGCUUGAAACGGAAGCAACCUUGUGAGCCAUUACCUGAUGAUUAUGAUCAAUAUUCAGCCUGUCAAGUGGCUCAUGAAGAUGUGGUUGCAAAAAGGAAGAGGACUGAUGACUGGCCAGACAGGGAGUUAUUGGACAUUUCUAAAAAAUCCCUUGAAGAGUCUCACUGCAAUGAGGUCACGAACCUGAAAGUGUGUAUUGAACUCACUGGACUGCACCCCAAAAAACAAAGGCACUUGCAGCACCUACGGGAGCUGGGACAGCUUGGCAGAAAGGAGGCUCCUGAAAGUCGGGAGAUCACAGACAAUGAAAGCAAGCACAGAAGUCUAGAGGAAAAGCCAUUCAAAGCAAAACCUGAAAUCAAAAGCACCAGUGACUUGGAGGAUCUUAAUGGAGACAUCACUGUGUCUACGCAUACGAAAGGCUUUCCACUCGGCUGCCCAAGCAGCAAACGGCAGAGUCAGACAAACCCUACCCCAGCCCCUAGGUUAGCAGCCAAGCAGCAGAGGAUUAGAGAGGGCCGCAAGGCGUACGUGCCAUGUACAGAUGAAGAGGGGAGUCUCCAAAUAGCGUCAUUGCCUGAGGAUUACACAGAGUACGAGAAGCCCCCUGGAAAACGGCAAUUCAAGACAAAGCACAUGACUCUGCUGGAGAGAAAGCGGAAAAGACUGCUAGUCGGGGAUGACAGCAUGGAUAAUGGAAGCGCAGACGACAAGGUCAAUAUAAAGGGGUUUAGGAAACAGAUUGAGUUUUCACCAGAUAACUCCCCAAUAAAAGUGCCAGAUCAGAUGUCUAUAAUGCACACCCCAUCCCAGAUGUCACCUUUGCUUAACCAUAUUCAAGACAUUACACCCAGUCGCCCGAUGCCACCUGAAGCACGACGCCUCAUUGUUAACAAAAACGCUGGAGAAACUCUCUUGCAAAGAGCAGCCCGGUUGGGGUAUGAGGAAGUGGUUCUUUAUUGCCUGGAAAGCAAAUCUUGUGAUGUUAACCACCGAGACAACGCAGGCUAUUGUGCGCUCCAUGAGGCUUGUGCGAGAGGCUGGCUGACUAUUGUUCGGCAUCUUCUGGAGCACGGGGCAGAUGUCAAUUGCAGCGCGCAGGAUGGCACAAGGCCCAUCCAUGACGCAGUGGAGAACGAUCACUUAGAAAUUGUGCGUUUAUUACUGUCCUAUGGAGCUGAUCCCACUUUAGCAACCUACUCUGGGAGGACAAUUGCCAAAAUGACACAUAGCGAAAUGAUGGAAACCUUCCUGACUGAGUACCUAACAGAUUUACAAGGUCGGAAUGGAGAUGACCCGGGGCUCUCUUGGGAUUUCUAUGGCAGUUCUGUCUGUGAUUCAAAGGAUGAAAGUGGAUUUGACAUUUUGGCAAAUCCGCCAGGUCCUGAUGAUGAUGACGAUGAAGAAGAUGGCUGCGUGGAUGCCUUUGAGUUUGAAUUCUCAGAUAGUCCUCUCCUACCUUGCUACAAUGUCCAGGUGUCUCUCUCUCAGGGACCCAGGAACUGGUUGCUUCUGUCAGAUGUCACCAAGCAGCUGAAUACGUCCUCCCAUUCUUUCAGCAGCGAGUAUCCUCACCUUGAAAUAGUCAGUAUUACAGAAUCCGAAUUCUACAAGCAAGUAUCUCUAAGCCAGCUCUUUUCUUCACCUGAAGAUCUUGAACGCUUCAGUUCAGACAGUAAAGAAAUACUCGAACUUGUGGAAUUUACAAGUGAACUGCAGACAUUACUUGGAUCCUCCAUUGAGUGGUUGGAUCCUAAAGGAGACUCGUCUUAUGCCAGUUGUUAAAAAGCCAAGUCCUUACUCGAUUCUGUAAAUUAAUUUCUAUUUUGUGAAUAUGUGAUAUAGAGAGAACACUAUUGUAUAAAUACCAUUGUAAAAAAAAUAUAUAAUGUCUAUAAAUAUACAUAUAAAUAUAUAUAUAUAUAUAAAAAAUAUAUCUCCAUAUAUGGGAUCAGUUGUUUUUUCUUUUUUUUUCCCCCCUUCCCUCCAGAAAACCUAAAUAGAUUUAUAUGGUCCUGAAAAAUUCAGUGCACAUCUGCUUUGGGAGAUAUAAUAUUUUUCUUUAAUUAUAACACUUUAUUAUAUAUUUUUCUUAAUUAAGACUUUGACGUUAUGGCAAAGCACUGAAGGCACGAGAAAUACUUUAUAAUUUGUAUUUUAAAAAAGUCAUGCGGAGAAAACCAAGUGGCACUUCAUGACAUUUUUAUGUUUACAAAAAAAAAAUCUACCUGUUUUUGGUAGAUAAUGUUGGAUAUGAUCCAACUUUUGUAAUAUAAAAGAAAUUAUGCACAUAGAUAUAUAAAUAUCCAUGGAGAGUUGAUUGAAAUUUUGUAAUGUAAUUUAAAAUCUCUGAAAUUUUACUUUUCACACUUAAAUUGAGUGUGUGCAUAUGCGUGUGUGUGUAUAUAUAUACAUGUGCAUUUAUGUGUGCGCACACGCCUGUAUACAUAUAUAAAUAUAUACAUAAAUUCAGACGUUUAAUGCUCUAAUUUAAAGAUAAAGACUUUGAGCUAUUUUUUUUGCUUGUAAAAUAGUAAAGCUGUAAAAUAGUGUCGCAGUUCCAGAUAAAUUGUAUAUAAACUCAAAUUUCCUGAGAUGUGUGUGCAAUGUUUUCAGAUCUGUGUUUAAACUUUGUAAGUAAACGACCUGCCUUUGUAUUUAUAUUUUACAAGAUUUUUUCUUAAAAAGGCAAUAAAACCGUUCAGUAAAUGGA